AUGCCCUUGUCUUCUCUGAAGGCUACAGAGGCGACGCUCUCGCUCCGUCGCCCGUGUCCAGUAAGGUGGCGGAUGGCGCGCAGGGACCAGGAGCCUCCUCCUCCUCAGCGACUCGGCUCUGAAUCCUCUGCAGUAGCCGCCGAGGAGUCCGACGGGACAAGGACCAAGGUGGUCCCGUUCAUCUCUGUGGCCCAGAGCUCAGUUCAGCCUGAAGCUUCUCAAGGAUAUGCCCCCCUGCAGGAGCCUUCCGGGAAAUGCUGCUCUGACCGCCCAGGAACCAUGAGUCCUGCAGCUCCGGUUCCGCCUGACUCCACCCUGGAAAGUCCUUUUGAGGAAAUGGCCCUGGUGAGGGGCGGCUGGCUGUGGAGACAGAGCUCCAUCCUCCGCCGCUGGAAGCGGAACUGGUUUGCCUUGUGGCUGGAUGGGACCCUGGGCUACUACCACGAUGAGACUGCCCAGGAUGAGGAGGACCGCGUGCUCAUCCAUUUCAACGUCCGCGACAUAAAGAUCGGCCAAGAAUGCCACGAUGUGCAGCCCCCAGAAGGCCGGAGCCGAGAUGGCCUGCUGACUGUGAACCUGCGGGAGGGCUCCCGCCUGCACCUGUGUGCUGAGACCAAAGAUGACGCCAUAGCAUGGAAGACAGCACUGCUGGAGGCGAACUCCACGCCGGCCCCAACUGGAGCCACCGUCCCUCCCAGGAGCCGCCGGGUUUGCCCCAAGGUCAGGUGUGUGACCCGCUCGUGGAGCCCCUGUAAGGUUGAGAGGCGGAUCUGGGUGCGCGUCUACAGCCCGUACCAGGACUACUAUGAGGUGGUGCCACCCAACGCGCACGAGACCACGUAUGUCCGCAGCUACUAUGGACCGCCCUACGCAGGGCCUGGAGUGACGCACAUAGUGGUGCGGGAGGAUCCCUGCUACAGCGCGGGCGCCCCGCUGGCCAUGGGCAUGCUUGCGGGAGCUGCCACAGGUGCCGCACUUGGCUCGCUCAUGUGGUCGCCCUGCUGGUUCUGA